AUGGACCACCUCCCCGAGGCCGCGACGGCGUUUGCACAUGUCCGGGUACCAUUCGUUGACGAGAUCACUUUUGAUGGAGGGGAUUUCGUCUCAUUCCCAAACCGCGUCGGCUUCAACAACGAUUUCGCCGCACGGUCAGUUGGCGAUAUCGCCUCCUUAGCACAGGGAUGGCUCUAUUUUGGUACCCUCCGAGUUUUUCUCGGAGUUGACUUCGACCGCAAUGAGUUUCGUGCCAGUCACCCAGAGGGUGACCAUGUCUCCUCGCGGCCGCUGCGACAGCUUCUUACCUCAUGGCUGUUAACCAACGUGAUCCCAAUCCUAGGCCCCGAGGUGGUAACGAAGACUUCCCGUAGCACCGCGCUAGAGUUAUAUCAAAGCAAGAAAUCGAUGAUGGAAUUCUUGGAGACUGUACUCAAGGAAGCGGAUGCCAUGGAGGUUCAGCCUCAAGCAUCAAGUGACCCUUUGCCAGCCAUCCUUCUCUCCGUCCGUGUUCUGGUUGCCACUCUCUCCGGCGUUUUGGAGGAGACCAUCAGCCAAAGCAACUUUAGUCUUUUGGAACAUAAUUACAACCCAGGCGCCAUCGAAAAGCUGCGGUUCAUGGAUGGGCCAUCCAAGAUGCCACAGGCAGCCACCGCAAAUUUUCUGUCUAAUGAGAUGAUCGCUAAUGGCUGGUGUCCAUUCAUGGCAUGCAAAGUAUUGUCCUCUUACAAUUACGUGGUGGCGUAUUACAUUAGCCGUCUCCGGCCUUAUAAUACAGCAAAUCACGAGCUUUGCUGUGAGAACGGGUGCGUCGCAUACAAUGUCGACAUGUCCCGUUAUCAGUCGAAACAUGUGUCUCCUGACUGUGACUGUUCUCAUGUCGCCCCAGACGCGGAACAAGUUCGGUCUAUCAUCCGAGAAGGCGGAAUACCGAUCAUUUCAAUCACGUUUGAUGAGCAAGAGCCAAAGCUCCACGUGAUCAAGAUGACGAACAAGACCCCCUACAUAACAUUCUCGCACGUUUGGUCGGAUGGCCUUGGGAAUCCAGCGGCGAACUCUCUGCCGCGAUGCCAGAUCACCAAGUUGGCGAAAUACAUAAAGGAGCUGGAGGCCCCUAAACUCGCCCCUCAGCAAGGAGUUGUUAAUAUGGGGUAUCUGAAGAUGGACUUUCGGCGAAUGACCAGAACGUUAGAUACUUCCCACUUUUGGCUGGAUACGCUUUGUAUUCCUUAUUUCGACCUAAAGAUGAAGGCUAUCAACCAGAUGGCAGCUAUAUACGCCGGUGCUUCUCAGGUCUUGAUACUAGACUCAAACAUGGAGCAACUCUCACUCGACGGGCCAGGGGUUGAGGCGUGUGAGAUGCUGGCUCGGAUGUGCGUCGCCCCGUGGAUGGGCAGAAGUUGGACCUUCCAAGAAGCCGCCAUCAGCACAAUCCGCCAGGUCAGAUGCUCGGAGAGGGCGUUUAUACCAAAUUCGGUUUCCUUUGGGUACCCUACUUACUUCACCAAGAUAUUUGAAGGGGAUAGUAUUCGGGCAUGGAUAGUCCCGUUCCUCUCUACAAUCUUGGUGGCACUCCGGAUGUUCCGCACCAACGAUGACGAUCCUGACACCAUGCGUCGUCAAGUAACCAUAAUGUCCACCGACAUUCAGAUGCCUCUCGUUGCACUUAUUUCUCGACCCCUAAAAGACAAAUUAGUUCAUGAAUUUCUUGGUGUCAAACUGAUAGGUCUAGACUUUGAUGAUAUGGAUGCAUUGGAGUCGCUGUACCAGCGCUUUGUCACCUGUUGGAACACAUUGUCUUCUUCUAGGGCCACGACGAAGAAAGACGAUCUGCACAUCAUCUUCGCCAACCUGUUGGAGUUCAAUGCCACAACUAUCAUCAAAUUAGCUACACCUGCGGAGAGGAUGGCGACACUGCUUCUCAGCCUACCCUACUUUCCAUUGUCACUCUUCUUUUGCAAUGACGGCAUCCGCGACCGACCAGGAGAAGUUCACUACAACAGAUGGGUCCCUCUAUAUCCCAGUGGAGGCCUUUUGGACUUGGAGCCCAGAGUUCACAUGUCCAAAAACGGGCUCUGGCUCUCCUCUGCAACUGACACUACAGAAGAUGGUGACAAUAAUCCAUAUGAGGAUAGUCCACCAAAAGUCAAACCGAUCGUUGUACUGCUAGAAUCUCGAUGGUUGGAUGUGGUCUGUCAGCAGACUAUUCCCGAUAAGGCACUGCCGUUCAAAUACAACGUCAGGCUUCAUCGACAGGAGGGUGAUAAGCUUAUCACCGAAUUCGACAAAGCCGGUGCCGCGCUGUUGGUCUUCACCGAGGAAUUGAUCCAGCCAGGUUUAAGUGCCGGCAGAAAGCUUUCACCAAAGCCUAUCCAAGGAGCCCUCUUCCAAAUACUGAACGUUAUUGAAUCCCCGUCAGGGUCCGAGGUAGAAAAGGGCGAAGUUAAAGAACCAAGUCGAGAGUAUCGGGUAGUAUUUGAUUGUCCCGUAUCGGCUUCCUUGGAUACCGCCUACAAUGGGGAUACCUCCGCCUUUGAUCUGGAAGAGGACUCUAACUCCAACGCUACCCUCCUUCCUGAGCCAUGGCGGUUAAACAUCUGUUACGACAUUCCUGAGCAUGUGACACUACCUCUUCCACGGAGACCAGUCGUACCGUCGUGGGCAUUUCUCCCCGGCGUGGCCAGUGUCAUGUUAUGGUUCUGCUGGGUGUCUGGACUUAUCAGCAUGUUUAUGCUGAUUGCUAUUUGUGCAAAAUAUUCAAGCACCUUCUCUCCAUUCACCAUUGCGAUGGUUGCCGUCUACUUCUCAGCAGAGGUAGUACCCUGGUUGUUCAUACAACCGCUCUUUCCAAUUGUAGUCCCCUACAUCUCAGACAUUUGCGGCAUAGUCUCAUCGGUGCUCUACGCCGUAUCUAGAGUCGUUAGCAACAGCUCACUGAGGCCUUUGGAAGUUGCAUUUGUCACAUUGGGUAUAUUAAUCGGAGUUUCGGAACUCUGUAUUAGGGCUGCAAAUAAGUGGUACCUGGGACGGAAGCUUUACGAUGCCUGGCUUGAUACAUUUAGCGAGGACUGGUCCCCGGAAAAGGAGACGUGGUGGACAAGAGUCGUUCGGGUUGCUGGUGGUGAAAGCUAUGACAACACUGUUAUGCCCAAGGGAACGGUGAUUACUUCCUGGGAACGGUGA